AUGUAUUCAAUAGGAGGAAAUCCGACAAUAAAAGAGGGCAGGCAUGUCUACACCACAUGGAUGAGCGGAUAUGAACACUUUCUUAAGGCCAACGAUGAAUAUUGUGCACUACUUGAGUGGUUCGAGGAGAAGGAUGUGUGGAUUUCAAACUGGUUCAUAUCAAGACCCGAGGAAUUAGGGGAUGCCUUGAGUUGCAAAUCAAAAUCAAAGGGAUCAUCUAAAGGAAGUAAAGCUAGCAAGGUAAAUGCUGGAAGAGAUAGAGAAGAUAAAGUGAAGAGGACGACAGCCAAUGUUGGGUAUCUAGCAGCUAUCAAGGAGCUAACCAGACGUUAUGGGGAUCCCGAAGUAAUUGUUAAUUCAUAUGUGAAAAAGGUGAUGUCAUGGGUACCAAUUCGACCCAAUGAUCCAAAGGCUCUAGACGAGUUUUCAGUAUACCUUACAGAGUGUAAAGCUGCUACAAACUGUGUUGGUAGUCUCGGUGUGUUAGAAUUCUCAGAAAAUCUCAAGCAUAGUAUGCAAAAACAUAAGGAUGGAAGCAGCACAACGGCCAGAAGGAGGAACAGUGGGAAUGAUACAAUCAGCAGGAAUGAUACAAUCAGCCUCAUUCAGAAAAAGAUGGAGCUUGACGGGCAACUCCGAAGGGAAGAAAUAGAGAGGAAAAGGGAGGAAGAAGAAAGAAGAAGGGCAGAAGAUAGAGAAAGAGAUAGGAGGUAUGAAGCUCUGCAGCAGCAGCAGCUCCAACAACAACAACAACAACUGUACAACAGCAAAUACUCCAACAGCAACAAAAUCAGAUGA